CUGGUUCAAGUACAGAAACUGAUGCCUGUAAGGGACCGCCCAGUUGCCAGGAACGUACACACGCUAGUGCGACCUUGGCGCAAACGCCGUAGGGAGGUACUCUUCCCCCCACCGUCCCUACCUAUCUUUUUCUAUUCGUCCACGUCCACCUACAUACAUUCAGUCACCUCCUCCAAGAAAUUCCAUUUCGCGUCUUCACAGGGACAAUGUCUGAGCCACCAGCCGAGAACACUGGUCCACUGUCGGAGGACUCGCAACCUUCCCUUACGACUACUGACGGCGUCAUACGCCGUACAUGUCGCCGUGCAAAAGGGAAGCUCAUUGAUGCAGGCGUCUCCGGGAUCGUCGAGCUACUAGCAAACGGAGACGUCGUCAAGUCGGCGUGGCCCGGGGAAGACAAGGAUUCCGAAGAAGAUAUGGCUCGAGAAGCUCAUGUCUACCAUCUACUCUUCAAGACCUUCGGGGCCCACAAACGUUUCGUCAAAUUCCUCUCGUACGACGAAACGGAUUAUUCCAUCACCAUGGAAUACAUGGCUAACGGCACCCUUCGAUCAUACCUGGAAGCCCACCAUGAUCGCAUAUCGACCACCCAGCGCCACCAGUGGAUCUGCGAAUUGGCCGAAGGCAUGGAAUUGCUUCACUCUGCAAACAUUGUGCACUGUGAUUUCAGCCCUCGCAACAUGCUGCUUGACGAGACACUGGGCGUGAAAGUUGCCGAUUUUGGCUGUGUCUCGAUCAAUGGCUCCAAGUCAUCCGCAGGCGGCAGCGUGAGAUUCUAUCCACCCCGAUUGCAGACCCGCGAAUUGAUCGAACCCGAGGAUGACCUUUUUGCCUUGGGCUCCAGCAUCUACGAGGUGGUGACUGGCAAGCCGCCGUACGUCGACUUGGAAACUGAACAGAUUCAAUGUCUGUACCGCCUUGAUCAGUUUCCUGAUCUUGCAGGGCUUGACUUUAGCGACAUUAUACGGGACUGUUGGCUUCUUCGGGCGCAAUCUGCACGACAUGUGCACCAGAGGCUACUCAAGGUCAUAUCACCUGAGUUGGGUCUGAAAGUGUAGACUUGUACGAGUGUGGGGGCUCUUGAUUUGAAAGUAAGUGUGUUCAUCCUGCUAGUUAGUAUAUCUGAUAUAUAUGCCUGAGGUCAGUUGUCCAAGUGCGCUAGUAAUAAGUGCGGCAACCUUAUUCUGAAAGUGAAAGGGUAACAAAGGCUUGACGCUUUCUACUCUAGGAUUGGACAACAACUCACCUUGUAAUAAUUACAACAACAGACGUGCACAAAUCCCA